CGGCGGAGCCGGUGUGGCUGUAAAGUGUGGUGCAAGGUACUUUUCGUGGUGCAUGGAAGGAAAGCCAAUGCGCAGGUGUACCAACAUUCGACCAGGAGAGACUGGAAUGGAUGUAACAAGCCGCUGCACCCUUGGAGACCCCAACAAACUGCCAGAAGGGGUUCCCCAACCUGCCCGCAUGCCCUAUAUUUCAGACAAGCACCCUCGGCAAACCUUGGAAGUGAUUAACCUUCUGAGAAAGCAUCGGGAGCUGUGUGAUGUGGUGUUGGUGGUGGGUGCUAAGAAGAUCUAUGCCCAUCGAGUCAUCCUGUCGGCCUGUAGUCCCUACUUCCGAGCUAUGUUUACCGGAGAGCUGGCAGAAAGCCGGCAGACAGAGGUAGUAAUCCGAGACAUAGAUGAGAGAGCUAUGGAACUACUGAUUGACUUUGCAUAUACUUCCCAGAUAACUGUAGAAGAAGGCAAUGUUCAGACCCUUUUACCAGCUGCUUGCCUCCUCCAGCUGGCAGAAAUACAGGAAGCCUGUUGUGAAUUUCUGAAGAGACAAUUAGAUCCUUCUAACUGCCUGGGCAUUCGGGCUUUUGCUGACACACAUUCUUGCCGUGAAUUACUAAGGAUAGCAGAUAAGUUCACUCAGCACAACUUUCAAGAGGUGAUGGAGAGUGAAGAGUUCAUGUUACUCCCAGCCAAUCAACUCAUUGAUAUUAUAUCCAGUGAUGAGCUCAAUGUUCGCAGUGAAGAACAAGUGUUCAAUGCAGUGAUGGCCUGGGUCAAAUACAGUAUUCAAGAAAGACGUCCACAGUUACCCCAGGUGCUGCAGCAUGUUCGUUUGCCUUUGCUUAGUCCCAAGUUCCUGGUGGGCACAGUAGGCUCAGAUCCCCUCAUUAAAAGUGAUGAGGAAUGCAGAGAUUUGGUAGAUGAGGCUAAAAACUACCUCCUAUUGCCUCAAGAACGACCACUAAUGCAAGGACCCCGGACGAGACCCCGGAAACCUAUCCGAUGUGGAGAAGUACUCUUUGCAGUUGGUGGUUGGUGUAGUGGAGAUGCCAUUUCCAGUGUUGAACGAUAUGAUCCACAGACCAAUGAAUGGAGAAUGGUAGCUUCAAUGAGUAAAAGGCGAUGUGGAGUUGGGGUCAGUGUUCUUGAUGACCUGUUAUAUGCAGUAGGAGGCCACGAUGGAUCCUCUUAUCUCAACAGUGUUGAAAGAUAUGACCCCAAAACAAACCAGUGGAGUAGUGACGUGGCCCCUACAAGCACCUGCAGGACCAGUGUCGGUGUAGCAGUGCUUGGAGGCUUUCUCUAUGCUGUGGGUGGCCAGGAUGGUGUUUCUUGCCUCAACAUUGUUGAGAGGUAUGACCCAAAGGAGAACAAAUGGACUCGGGUGGCUUCUAUGAGCACUAGAAGACUAGGCGUGGCUGUGGCUGUAUUGGGAGGGUUCUUAUAUGCUGUAGGUGGUUCCGAUGGGACAUCUCCACUCAACACAGUGGAGCGCUACAAUCCUCAGGAAAACAGAUGGCACACCAUCGCCCCUAUGGGCACUCGGAGGAAGCACCUAGGCUGUGCCGUGUAUCAGGACAUGAUCUAUGCCGUAGGAGGGAGAGAUGACACCACAGAGCUCAGCAGCGCCGAGAGAUACAACCCCAGAACCAACCAGUGGUCUCCAGUGGUGGCCAUGACAUCUCGCCGUAGUGGAGUUGGCCUGGCCGUGGUCAAUGGACAGCUCAUGGCAGUAGGAGGAUUCGAUGGCACAACAUACUUGAAGACCAUUGAGGUUUUUGAUCCUGAUGCCAAUACGUGGAGGUUAUAUGGCGGAAUGAAUUACCGUCGGCUGGGAGGUGGUGUAGGAGUCAUUAAAAUGACACAUUGUGAAUCUCACAUAUGGUGAGCAUGUGGAAGAAAGUCUUGCAUAUGCUCCUCUAUAUUCAGAAGAGCUUGACUUUGGAGCUUUAAACAGCUUGAGAAAACAUUAGAACAAAUUUUAUUCUUUGCUGGUGCCUCAACAUAUGGAAAUACAAAGUUCAUGAUAGUACUUCACCUGCAAGAUGCCACCUUUGCACAAUAAUUUUCCACUCCAUGCAGAAUAUUUAUUUUGAGUUUUAACUUAUCAUGAUGUUUUAGUUUAUUUUAGCUUGGGUUCUUUGUAGAUUUUUUUUUUAUGUUGUUUUGUCUUCUUCCUCCCAUGAAAAAAAGACAAAAAAAUUCCAAGUACCAAAAUUUACUUUGUUUUUAAGAUGUUGAUUUAAUUUUGAAAGUGCUGGUAAGGGCAUACUAUGUUUGAUCUGGUUGGUAUUGCUACAAGACACUCCAUCCAUAGGAUUCCACUCCAUAAGGACUGCUAAUAAUGAACACAGGUCUACAAUGCUAGCCUAUCUUCUUUCUUACACUAAGUACCAGAAGACUUGAAACUCUACAAGAAGCAAAAACAAACACAGAAACAACUCAUUAAGUAGUACAAUUCAAAAGGAAUACUACAUCAAUAAAAGCAGGACUCUGAUGCAACAAUUUUUUGUCAGUGGGUCAUAUUGUCUCCUACAUGAACUUGUUUUCCAGUCUUUCAUCUUUUAAAAACUAAUACUGUUCUCAUGGACUUUCUGCUAGAUCUAUCUAGACCAUCGCUCAGUGCCUCUUAUAAAAACAAUUAUGAGUCUCCUUCACUGUCUUGAGAAUCUCCAAGUGGAAUCAUGUGCAACUCUGCAAGUUACUGCUCACAAAUAUUACUGCCUGCAGCAACCAAGGACCAGCGGGGAGAAGUAUUCUCCUUGGCAGGAAGCUCUGUGCUACAGUUUAACUCCGUGCUCAGGCCUGGUGAAGCUAGACCACGCCGUUAUUAACAGCCUCCCCAACAAUGAAGUCUGCAGUCCAUGUUAAUGCUUGUAACACCAGCUGAGGCAUGUCAUCAGUACCUGAAUUCUGUGCAAGCCGUAUGUCACUAUCUUCAUUCUGUAAGGCCACUGUUACUGUUUCUCUCACAUUGCACUUUCUGAUGAGAAGUUAAAAUUUUUAAGGAAGUAAAUGAUCAUUUUUAGCUUUCUUUUUCCUCAUUAUAGUCAUGUCCAAUUUUUUCAGUAUAUUUUUGCAGGAAAACCUUUGAAUGAGACUUUAACUGCAACCAAAAGGAAUAGCCUCCACCUUCUCCCUCUCCCAAUAACAAAAAUGCGUGGCAACUUUUGUGUUUACAUUUAAAGAUCAUUUGCACCUUUUUCAAGGAAAAAAAUAAGUAUUUGGUAAACAAUUGUUUACAUGUAUCAUUUAUGCUUUUUUUCUAGCAUGUAUAACUUUUUUAAAUAAAGGUAGCAUUUACCAC